CCGUCUUCGUGCCUUUCCUCCAUACCACUGACCCUCUGCCUGCCAAGAUGGCAAAGUCAACGCCAAAGUCAAGAACUACGGAGCAGGUUUCUUCAUCGUCUGCUGUAUCAAUGCCGCCCUCAAAGCCCCCUCAGCCAUCAGCGUCAUCCUCCUCAUCGCAGGACCUGGCCGCGCUAGAGGCUCACUUCCUGGCGACUUUUGGUGAGGGGAGCUUGCCUGCUGCCGGACCGAGUCGAAUCAAAGAGCAGGAGAAAUUCGAGAGCGAGGAGGAGGACGGUCAGCGUGUCGCAGAUGUAUCGCAUAGUGAAGGAAGCAAAUUCAAGAAGCAGUCACCCAAGGCUGGCGUCAAGGCCAAGGCAGUCGGCCCCUCCCCCUCCUCAGCCACUCCUCGUCGACCACCACAGACAGUUGUCUUCGAGGAGAUGGGAGGCAGGGGUCGAUCCCAGCCAGAAGAUGAGAUGAUGGGGAGCGACUCGAGAAAGAAGUGGCGAGACUUUAUGAACUCCAAAACUGCCAACACAGGUCCCGACUCGAUGACGUCCGCUUCAGAGCUCCUUCGCUCCAAAGUAGAAGAGCGCCGCAGGAGGGAGAACGAGAAGAAGGCUGCUCGAGCUGAAGCAGGCGAGGACGAGGACGAGGAUGACGAAGCAGAGCAGCUCACCAAUGACAGGCAGCUGAGUCACUUGCUGAACACGACGCUGUUCUCGCAAGGAUCCUCGUCGAAGAAAAGGGGCAACGCAGAAGAUGCCAAGCCAGACCUCUCCUCCCACUCCACCCUCGCUCGCAUCCUCGAGCACUCCUCCUCCUCCUCAGCCCGAAAAGGCCAAGCCUUCGGACGUGGCCAUGGCGAGAAGACCCUGCGUGCUUCGCAGCUCGCUCAAAUGCCCCGCGAGAUGAGACAGGGCAUCCGUUCUGCUGCGGGCGAUAGGGCAGAGAAGGAGAUGGAGCGCAACAGGGAAAUGGGUCUGUUGAACUCGGCGUACAGCAGAAAGUUCUUGGGGAGACAAGAGGCGGAUGCGACUAUGACUGGCAAGAGGAAACAGGAGAAGGAUAGGGUGAGAGGGUUAGGGAUGGGCGUGGGCAGAUUCAAGGACGGGACAUUGCGACUCAGUCGGGACGAGGUGGCGAAGAUGACCGGCGAGGGAGGGGGCAGUCGAGGUGGGAAGGGUGCCAAGGGAGGAGGCGGCGGCGCGAAGAGGCAGAAGAGGUGAUCGAGGGCGGGGUCAGGUAUCCAUUGUGUAACAUAGCUGCAUGUCGAUAUAGAGCACACGUUGAUGCCGCCAUGUCCCACCUGCCAUCCAAUCUUCACGCUGUGUC